GCUUUUACUUGAAAUAAAAUAAACGUUAAAAACAGUUUGCAACAUGAGCCUGAAUGACGAAACAGCAGCAUAUCAACAAAUUUGCAGUGCACGCACCGUGCAAUCUGAUAGACAAGGCUUUUUCAAUGAAUUUUACAUGGAAGUAAAAGAUUCCUGCGGUGAAAAAUGGCUUCAAAACUAUUUUGGCAAACUGAAAUCGAAUGAAGCACGCAUUUUAUCAAUAUUCAGUGAUCGUGAAAUUUGUGAUCCAGUACUGGGUGUCUUGGAAAAUGUGCAACCAGUUUACAAGCAAAAAGAUGGACUCUUCUCAGCGCAACGUCGUGCACAAGCCGAUAAACAUCAUUUGUUGGGUGAACUACAGCAGGCGUUGGCUCAUGCGAAUCUGGCAGUUGUACGUGCACCAGCUAAGGGCGUUGAUCCUGUUAUCGAUGAUGGGUUAACACUAGCUAUGGCGUUCCGCACACGCUCUAUCAUAUUAAUCGGUCUGGGAGAUGGUGAAACGGCGUUAAGUGAUUUGAAAUUGGCGGCAUCUUUCGGUUUGGAAUCAAAGCAAAGUGUUGAUUAUUACAUCAAAAUGGCAAAAGCUUAUGCAUGCAUGGGUGAAACUGCACGAGCGGAAAUUUCGCUUAAAAUUGCCGAAAAACUUUCUGGAGGUGGAAAUGCAUUAAUUGACUCUUGUCGGAAAGAGUUGCCGUUGGUGAAAAGGUCAACGAAAAAGCAGCGAGUCCAAGUACCUAACUUAACUCAUGGCGAGAAUCAGAAUUUACGUGGAGCAUCCAAUUUAGUAAAACUAGUUGAAACUAAAGAGAAGGGGCGCUUUGUUGUGGCAAAUGACAGUGUACAAACUGGAGAUGUGGUGCUUUGUGAACAACCGGUGGCUGCUUGUUUGUUGCCAAAUUUUUAUGGUAGUCAUUGUCAUCACUGCUUUGAACGAUUGGUCACACCAGUCCCUUGUUUAAAUUGUUCGGGAAUUGCUUUCUGCUCAGCACAAUGUAUGGGUGAGGCUUGUGAGACCUAUCAUCGCUUUGAAUGUGAAUAUAUGGAUUUAUUCAUUGGUUCUGGCAUGUCCAUACUCUGCUUUAUAGCUUUACGUAUUUUUACUCAAGCGCAAAAUUUGGAAAGUGGUUUGAAUACUGCCAAUUUACUUUAUGCAAAUCUUUGCACUCAUGAAGACUCCCGUCAAGCUGAUGAUCUUUUGCAACGUUCACUAAUGGCUGGUUUCUUACUGCGUUGUCUACAGAAAUCACAAUAUUUUGGUCGACGCAAAACGGAAGGUGUGAAUCCCACUGCUAUUGAACUGCAAGUAGGUGCUGCACUCUUGGGGCUUUUACAAGUAUUGCAGUAUAACGCACAUGAGAUAUACGAAACACUUAUAACAGAUGAACAUCGAUUUGAUGGUUCAAAAGUAGUGUAUGUGGGUGCCGGUCUCUACGGUACUGGCGCUUACUUCAAUCAUGAAUGUUGGCCAACUGUAGCGCGUUAUUUCGUGGGUAAAAAACUAGUGUUGGCUGCUAUUAAGCCACAUCGUCCAAAUGAAAUUGUAGCUGAGAAUUAUGGUCCAACUUUUGCGAAUGUUAAUUUGAAGGAACGUCAACGUAGCUUGCGUGGACGGUACUUGUUUAGUUGCAAUUGCAUGGCUUGUCAAGAAAAUUGGCCAACUCUACAAAAAUUGGAUAAGCAAGUCAGGUUUUGGUGCACAACAACUAAUUGUCAAAAUGUAUUAAAAUUUCCUAAAGAUCUCUCCAAAGAUGUACGUUGCGCACGUUGUCGUAAAAAUGUUUCUCUCAAGGAGAGCGUGGCGCAAAUAAUUAAAAUUGAAGAAUUAUAUCGCGAAGCAGCAGAGGCUAUGAAAGAUCAAAAAACUCAAGAGGCGAUAGCUCUGUUUAAGGAGGGCAUCGAUAUGUUUUAUCAGAUCGCUGUCAUGCCACAUAAAGACACACUGAUCGCUCAACAGUCUUUAAGAAAAUGUAUGGCUGAUACUGGUACUACUUUUAAAAAGUGAUCACCUCCAUUUUAGUGAAUGUAUGUUGUACUAAAAUAUAAA